CUCCGCGCUCAGAGGCAGGCAGAGGGCAGCACAUACAGCUGAGAGGAAACUCAGAGGAAGGAAUUGCCAAGAAAGUGGCCAUGGAGCUAAUCCCAAGCUUUUCCAUGGAAACCUGGGUUCUCCUGGCUACCGGCCUGGUGCUCCUCUAUGUAUAAUUAAUUUGUAAAGACAUAUUGCCACCCUUAUGACACCACCUUUAUGGCAGAAAGCAAAGAAGAACUAAAGAGCCUCUUGAUGAAAGUGAAAGAGGAGAGUGAAAAAGCUGGCUUAAAACUCACCAUUCAGAAUACAAAGAUCAUGGCAUCUCACCCCAUCACUUCAUGGCAAAUAGAUGGGGAAACAAUGGAAACGAUAUGGAACUUAUUCCUAUGGGUUUUUUAAGAAGUUGGGAGUUCCUGGGCCAAGACCUCUACCUUAUUUUGGAAACGUUCUGUCCUACCGAAAGGGUAUUUGUGAGUUUGAUGAAGAAUGUUUUAAAAAGUAUGGGAAAAUUUGGGGGAUUUUUGAAGGUAAACAGCCCGUGUUGGUUAUCACAGAUCCAGACGUGAUCAAAACAGUACUAGUGAAAGAAUGUUAUUCUGUCUUCACAAACCGGAGGGUUUUUGGUCCAUUGGGAAUUAUGAAAAAUGCUGUUUCUGUGGCUGAGGAUGAACAAUGGAAGAGAAUACGGACAUUGCUGUCUCCAACCUUCACCAGUGGGAAGCUCAAGGAGAUGUUCCCUAUCAUUAGACAGUAUGGAGAUGUGUUGGUGAGGAACCUGAGUAAGGAAGCAGAGAAAGGCAUGGCCGUCGACAUAAAAAAUGUCUUCGGGGCCUACAGCAUGGAUGUAAUUACUAGCACAUCAUUUGGAGUGAAUAUUGAUUCCCUUGGCAACCCACAAGAUCCCUUUGUGGAGAAUGUCCAGAAGCUCUUAAGAUUUAGUAUCCUCAACCCAUUUCUUCUCUCAAUAGUACUCUUUCCAUUCCUUAUCCCAAUCCUUGAAGUAUUAAAUAUCACCAUAUUUCCAAAAAGUGUUGUGAAUUUUUUCACAAAAUCAAUAAAAAGGAUAAAAGAAAGUCGCCUCAAAGAUAAUCAAAAGCCACGUGUGGACUUUCUUCAGCUGAUGAUUAAUUCCCAAAAUUUCAAAGAAACAGACAAUCAUAAAGCUCUCUCUGACCAAGAACUCUUGGCCCAAAGUAUUAUCUUUAUUUUUGCUGGCUAUGAGACCACUAGCAGUACUCUUUCCUUCCUUCUAUAUAUUUUGGCCACUCACCCUGAUGUCCAGCAGAAGCUGCAGGAGGAAAUUGAUGCAACUUUCCCCAAUAAGGCGCCUCCAACCUACGAUGUCCUGGCACAGAUGGAGUAUCUUGACAUGGUGGUGAAUGAGAUUCUCAGAAUGUUCCCAAUUGCUGUUAGAAUUGAUAGGUUCUGUAAGAAGGAUGUGGAAAUCCAUGGGGUGUCCAUUCCCAAAGGGACAACAGUGGCAGUGCCAAUCUCCGUGCUUCACAGAGACCCACAGCUCUGGCCAGAGCCUGAGGAGUUCCGUCCUGAAAGGUUCAGUAAGAAGAACAAGGACAGCAUAAAUCCUUACAUCUACCUGCCUUUUGGAGCUGGACCCCGAAAUUGCAUUGGCAUGAGGUUUGCCAUCAUGAAUAUGAAACUUGCUGUCGUCAGAGUCCUGCAGAACUUCUCCUUCAAACCUUGUAAAGAAACACAGAUCCCCUUGAAAAUAACCAGUCAAGGACUUUUAAGACCAGAAAAACCUGUUGUUCUAAAGGUUGUGUCCAGAGAUGGAACCAUAAGUGGAGCUUGACUUUCCCUAAAGACCUGGGCUUUAUUCUUCAAGGAGCUGUGUCCCAGAAUUUCAGGGGGUUUGAUUUACUUUGUAGUAAAACUCAGAAAUAAAGAUGGGCUUCAUCUGUUGUACCUGCUGGAUGA